UGAUGAUGAUGGUGGUGGUGAUAAUGCUAGCAGUGCAAGUGUGUAUAUGUAUAAUAUCAAAUAAUUUAAACACAAUGGAUUUAAUUUGAUUUUAGUAAUACAAUGCUGUUGUUGUUAUUAUUACUACUAUUAAUACUAUUACUAUUACUAUUACUCUUACUAUUACUACCACUGUUAAGAUUACAGCUGCAGAUUAAAAAUACACAUAUUUAUUAUACAUUGAUGUGGUUUCACAAUAAACUUGUUCAUCCAAAGAAGCCACAAAAAAAAAAAUUAACUCAAAUAUUAUAUAAUAAAAAAAUAUUAAACUUUUAUUAAUAAAUUAAUUGAUUAAUAUAUAAAAUGCCGGGUAUUGUUGUAUUUCGACGACGUUGGAGUGUUGGAAGCGACGAUUUAGUUGUUCCAGGAGCAUUUCUCAUGAUUUUACAUAUAGCUUGGGCUAUUGGACUUGGAGUGUUUUUAGGCAUUGUCGAGUGGAACAAAAGUAAUGAAACUUGUGAGCUUUUGCUUUGGGAGUAUAUGCUUGGAUAUCUUGGUAUUUUUUCAGCCUCAAUUGCAAUUGAAUUUGCAAUAUGUAUUUUGGCAACACGAGGCAGUAUUCUCGACACAGUUGCACGGUCAUCUAUGCAACAUUUGUUGUACAUAAAAUUGUUUUUUAUGCUGAUUGAAAUUGGAUGGUUAUGUGCUGGUGUUACAUGGCUUGUUCAUUUUUAUAAAAAUUGUUCAAUUGAUCAGACAAAAAAAGAUGUUUUUCUUGGUUUGAUAAUAUGUAAUUGGUGUAUUGUUGGAUCUAUAAUGGUGACAGUUUGGUGUACAUAUGAUGCAGCUGGAAGAUCAUGGGUUAAAAUGAAAAAAUAUCAACGCAGCAUGAGAGAGGCAGAAUCACGAGGUGGUGGUAGAAUGCAUUAUAAACGAAGUGGAAGUAGAAAUAGAAAUUGGAGACAACGCAAAGUGAUAAGAGCAUAUCAGGAUAGCUGGGACAAUAGAUGUAGAAUGUUAUUUUGUUGCAUCGGAAAUUCAGACAGAAAUAGAAAUUCAUUUGCUGAUAUUGCUAGAUUAUUGAGUGAUUUUUUUCGUGAUUUGGAUGUUGUACCAUCAGAUGUUGUUGCGGGAUUAGUUUUACUUAGAAAAUUUCAAAAAGUUGAAAGAGAAUUAAUUGUUAAACAACGAAAAAAUGAUACAUAUGAAUUUUUAUCUGGUGUACCAAUAACACCAAGAACAAAAUUUUUAUCAUUAACUGAAGAUGGUGAUCUUGGACAUUUUCAAGAUACAAUACAUUACAUGCAUUUUGCACUUGCUGCAUAUGGAUGGCCAUUAUUUCUUUUAAAUCAUUCAACUGGAUUGUGUCAAUUGACUUCAAGAUUACGUUGUUGUUGCUGUUGUUGUUCUUGUUGUUUACCAUGUAAAAAUAAUAAUAAUAAUAAUAAUGACAAUGACAAUAAUGAAAAUGAUUAUGAUGCUGUUAUUGUUGAGGAUAAUUGUUGUAAAUGUAAUUAUGCUGCAUUGAGAAAAAUAAUAUCAAAAAUUGGUGAAAUUGAAUUAAUAUAUGCAACAUUUCAUGUUGAUAUUGGUGAAACACCAUUUUUUGUUGCAAUUGAUUAUUCACAUAAAAAAAUAGUAAUAAGUAUACGUGGUACAUUGGGUAUGAAGGAUGUAUUGACUGAUUUAAAUGCCGAAGCUGAAGUAUUACCAAUGACACCAACAAAAGAUGAUUGGCUUGGUCAUAAAGGUAUGGUACAAGCUGCUGAAUAUAUACGUAUUAAAUUAACACAAGAAGAUAUUAUAAAUAAAGCAUUUAAUAAAAAUAUAACACGACAAACAAAUACAUUUGGUUUAACACUUGUUGGUCAUUCAUUGGGUGCUGGUACAGCAUCAAUAUUGGCAAUAUUAUUACGUCAAGAUUAUCCAAAUUUAACAUGUUUUUCAUAUGGACCACCUGGUGGUUUAUUGAGUAUGCCAGCACAAAUAUAUACACAAGAAUUUAUAACGUCAGUUGUUGUUGGUAAAGAUAUUGUUCCACGUAUUGGUUUACGACAAAUGGAAAGUUUACGUGCUGAUUUAAUAAAUGCAAUAAAACGUAGUGUUGAUCCAAAAUGGAAAACAAUUGCAUGUUCAAUAAUGUGUUGUGGUUGUGUAUCAACACCAACAUCAGCAAUUAAUCUUGAAGCUGGUGGUUGUAUUACUGAAUAUCAACGUGAUAAAGAUCAAGCACGAGCACUUGCUAUUGUACCAAGUGAUUCAAAUAUUGCACUUACAUUACAUACACCACUUUAUCCACCUGGUAAAAUUAUUCAUAUUGUUCGUCAUCAUCCAAACAAGGGAGAGAAAAAAUAUGAGUCUCGGUGGAGAAAAAUUUUAAGAAAAAAUAAACCAGUUUAUCAAGCAUUGUGGGCUGAUCCCAGUGAUUUUGAUGAAGUAUUAAUAAGUCCAGCUAUGAUACAGGAUCAUAUGCCAGACAAUAUGCUAAAAGCACUCAACAAGGUUGUAACAACACUUGGUCCAACAAAGCCACAACGUUUAACAUCUGGUCAUUAUUCAUCAGUUGAAGCAUCAGAAGUUCAUGAUAAUCUUGAGAUACCAGAACUUGAAACAUUAUUAUCACCGUCAAUUAAAUCACGUUCACAACUUACAGUAGCUACACCACCUCAUCGUUUAUGUCUUGAGACAUCAUUUACAUCAUUACAAAGUCCAACUGAUUUACCAUCACAAUGUGGAUUACGUGAAUUGAGCAUUGAUUCAUAUGGAUGGUAUAUGAAUAAUAUAGCAAGUGAAUUGAUAACACCAAAACAAGAUGAAAAUAAAUUAUUUAAUCAUCCAUUAAAUUGGGAGUAUACACAAAGAAUAGCACCUUUAGCAACACCAGAAACAAUGUCAGAAGCAUCAAUCAGUAAUCCAUCAUCACCAAUACCACAAAUAAGACCAAUAAGACGAACACCAAAAAUACCUGGUAAUUUAUCAACAGCUGCUGAUGAUUUAAAGAGUAAUUUACAUUUUGCAAUGCUUUCUGUUGAAAAUUAUGGCUUAAAAGAUGAUAAUUCUCGUGGUACCAGUGGUGAUGGUGGUGGUGGUGUUGGUAGUAAUUCAAGUAGUGCAGCUAAUAGUGAGACAAGUUAUGAUAUUCCAAUGUUAAAUUAUGUUGAUGGUAUUAAUCCACCUCCAGUACCUCGUAGAAGAGAUUCUGCAAUGACUAGAAGAGAGCAACAACAUAUAUGUAGAGCAGCAUGUUGUCAAGAUGAUUUAUCAGACAAUUCAAUUAGUAUAGCACAUUCAUCAUCACAUAAUGUUGAAAUUGAUUUUCUUUAUGAAAAUCAUACAAAUACAUUAAACAGUAUUGACCAAAAUAUUAAUAAAAAAGUUACAUUGUCAUCAUCAUCAUCAUCAUCAUCAUCUUCAUCAUCGUCAUCUUUAUCUCUACCAAUGAUACAACCACAAUCAUCUAAUUUGAGUCAAUGUAAAAAUAAUAAAAAUAAUAAUACCAAUAUUAAUGAUUCAGUGCUUCCAAGUGUAAGAACAUCAUCAGAAUGUAAAAGUAUUAUGGCACCAGCAAUUGAUCUUGGUGCUGAAUGGAAAAAACGUUUUAAUACAACAAAUAUUAAUAUUGUUAAUAAUACCAACAAUAAUAAUAAUAAUAAUAAUAGUGGUAAUACAUCAUUACCACUUCUUUAUGGUUUAUCAUCAACACCAAAUACUCAACAUACAUCACCAUUUUUUAAUGCCAAAAGAAAAAAAUACGUUUACCCAAUAACGCUGGUCGGUCGGGGUGAAAGUAGUGUAUAAAUAAUGAUAAUAAUAAUAAUAAUAGAUUUAAUUUUAACAUGACAUUUUUUUUGGCCAUGGGACCAAGAUUCAUUUAAAUUUUUAAAAUAAUCGAGGCCUUAGUCUCUGUAUUUUUGUGUUCUUAUUAUAUAGGUAAUAUAUACGUAGGCUGAUGAUGAUGAUGAUGAUGAUAAUAAUUAAUAACUCUGCUCUUGAUCCAUCAUAAUAUAUCAAUACGAAUUUUUUAUAUCAUAUUAUUCUUCUCUCGUAGUGUGCCAAGUUUUUUAAAUGACAAGUUAAAAAAAACCAAUAUUGUAAAUAUCAUUAACAUUAUCGUUAUACAUUUAUAAUUGAUUAUUAAUUAUUACCCACAGGCCUAUAGUAUUUUACAUUUUAUGGAUAAUUGAAUCUUUUGUCACUAUUAUUUUGUUAAAUAAUAAAAAAUUAAAUUGUAAUAUAAUAAUUUAUUGAGAUUGAUAAAUGUAGUCGAAAUAAUAAAUAAAACAAUACAUUUAAUAAUACAGUUUAGAUUUAAAUUACCAUACUGUCAAUAAAUUGUGCAAAUUAAAAAAAUAAUAAGUAAUAAUAAAUAAUACACAUAAAAUAGAUAUAUUUGUGUUUAAUAAAAUCAUUAUUAUAUUAUCAGUGCGAGCAAUGUACUUUGCGUGGUACUCUGACUCAUGACCUCUAAAAUCAUUACUUAUGAGUUAUGACCGAUGAGUAUUUACAUUCAAGUAUGAUAUUUGUAUAAUUAUUAUAAAAAAAUAGUUGAAUAUUUUAUUUCUUUUUUUUUUUUUGAUUUUCUACUUUUAUAUUUUUAUGUUUAUUUUAUAUUUAUAUAAUUUUUAAAAAGUGACUUAAUCCUGCGUCAUCCAGUUACACACACACACACGCGCAUUUUGACAUUUCGGUAUUUACUAUUUUUGGAAUUUUUGGUUUAGCCCAGUCUUUGUAC